CCCUCAACCAUAUCGUCACGAAGCUUCGACGAGCAUCAGCAAAAGCCGACCCUAUCGCAAAAACCCGAGCAUUGACCAAUCUCAUUCCGCUCAGAAUCGACAUCAGACUUCUUCUACGCUGCUGAAUUGAAGUUCAUAUCACCUCAAUACACCAAGACACCAGGAUGGAGUAUCAAUACCUCGGAAAGUCGGGUCUCAAGAUCUCCAAGGUCGUCCUUGGAACGAUGAGUUAUGGAACUCCCGACUGGCAGGGAUGGGUGCUCAAUGAAGAAGACUCUCUUCCACUCCUUGAGCACGCCUACAAGGCAGGUAUCAGAACGUGGGAUACCGCCGAUGUCUACUCACAUGGUCAAUCUGAACAAAUCAUUGCCAAAGCCAUCAAGCAGUUCAAUAUUCCCCGAGAACGUCUGGUCAUCCUUAGCAAAUGCUACUUCGGCGUCACCCCAGAAACCCCGACCAACGCCAUCGGUGCCAGCUCUAUCAAUGAUGGUGAUAUGCUCAACCAAGUUGGACUCAGUCGCAAGCACAUAAUCGAUGCUGUCGAUAAGAGUGUUGCUCGAUUAGGUACCUACAUUGACGUUCUCCAGAUCCACCGCCUCGAUCGGAAUGUUCCGAGAGAGGAGAUCAUGAAGGCUCUGAACGACGUGAUCGAAUCUGGAAAAGUUCGAUACAUUGGAGCAUCAAGUAUGGCCGCCUGGGAGUUCCAGGAGUUGCAGAACGUGGCGGAAAAGCAUGGCUGGCACAAAUUCAUCUCCAUGCAGAACUACUACAACCUCCUAUACCGAGAGGAGGAGAACGAGAUGAUUCCGUACUGCAAUCACACCGGCGUCGGACUGGUCCCAUGGUCUCCAGUGGCUCGAGGAGCGUUGACCCGUCCCUUUAGUGGUCGAGACACGUUGCGGGAGAAGACCGACAACUACUUGAAGACGCAAAUCCGGUCGAAAGAGGACAAGGUGGAUGAGGAGAUCAUUAGUAGAGUAGAGCAGGUGGCACAAAAGCUGGGAAAGACUAUGGCUCAAAUAUCCAUUGCGUGGUGCUUGAGUAAGAAGGACGUCUGUCCAAUUGUGGGCUUGAGCAAGAAAGAGAGGAUUGAUGAAGCUGUGGAAGCGACCAAAAUCAAAUUGAGCGAGGAGGAUAUCAAGUUCUUGGAAGAGCCAUAUCAACCAAAGAAGCGACAAGGAUAUUGAUCUGCUGUCUACAAAGAGGACAUGAAACGCUUCGGGCGUCUUCCGCGUUCAAAGUCAAGCGCAGCUGUCAACUAGUGUGCACUGGACAACAGUUGAGAAACGAGCUGUAAAGAUGUCCUCAUGAAAUAGUUUUGUGAGUAUGGUUCGUUUGCUGUUUGUCACUUGGACUGCACUCUUUUGUCUUCACGCUGGCUCUCAAAGUACUAUUAGCGACUGCCUCUUUGUUCUCCGCCCUCUCGAACGGCAGAAAGAUAUUCACAAUUUGCCUCAUAACACUGACAGUGAAGAAUUCACUGGAUCGUCACUUGAA